GGACCGGGGGGGCGUCGCUGCUCCAUGUCGGUCCCCUCCUGCGGGAAAUAUGAUCAGCGCCCCUGACGUGGUGGCCUUCACCAGAGAGGAGGAGCUGGAGGAUGAGCUGUACAGCGAGCCGCCCCUGCCCGAGGAGUACUCAGUGCCGCUUUUCCCCUUCGCCAGUCACGGCGCCAACCCCUGGGCCAAGGUCGCCAGCUCCAAGUUCACCCGGGACUUCAUCCUCAUCUCUGAGUUCUCAGAGCAAGUGGGGCCCCAGCCCCUCCUGACCAUCCCCGAUGAUGCCAAAGUGUCAGGCACUUUCGAUCUCAAUUAUUUUUCCCUUCGGAUCAUGUCUGUGGAUUACCAGGCUUCCUUUGUGGGGCACCCUCCUGGCUCUGCAUACCCGAAGCUGAACUUCGUGGAGGACUCCAAAGUGGUGCUGGGGGACUCAAAGGAAGGGGCCUUCGCAUACGUCCACCACUUGACUCUGUACGACCUCGAAGCCAGGGGUUUCGUGAGGCCCUUCUGCAUGGCCUAUAUUUCCGCCGACGAGCACAAAAUCAUGCAGCAGUUUCAGGAACUCUCUGCUGAGUUCUCCAAAGCCUCCGAAUGCCUAAAGACAGGGAACAGAAAAGCUUUUGCAAAUGAACUGGAAAAGAAACUGAAAGAUCUUGACUACACCAGGACUGUCCUGCACAAUGAAACCGAGAUACAGAAGAAAGCCAACGACAAAGGCUAUUACACAACCCAAGCCAUCGAGAAGGCCAACGAGCUGGCCAGUGUGGAAAAAUCUAUCAUCGAGCACCAAGAUCUGCUGAAACAAAUCAGGUCGUAUCCUUAUAGGAAGCUGAAGGAGUGCGAUUUCCACCCUUAUGAGCCAGAGUGUGCGCUGGAUCAGGCCAGCACAGGCUGCGAGCAGGACCUGACUACCUCUGACCUUGCUGAGCCUGGCGAAACGCACCUUUACGCCCAUGUGCCGUCCUAUACCCCCAAGCUCAUCAAAGCGAAGUCUACCAAGUGCUUUGACAAGAAGCUGAAGACGCUGGAGGAGCUCUGUGAUAUUUAUUUUUUCACCCAAACCCUUGACCAGUUGCAUCAGAUCGAGAGGACUUUCAGAGGUGACGUGUGCUACCUCCUGACAGACCAGAUCAGUAGGGCGCUCUUAAAGCAACAAAGUGUAACUAACUUCCUCUUUGAGGAUAUAUCUUUUCUGGGUGAAAAAACACCUGAAAAACAGUACAGAGGCUGCCAGGGGCUCAAUCAAGACGUCAUCGAUAGAAAGUGUUUGGAAGAGUCCCCUGCUCCUAAAGUGGUCAUCAGCCUGGGGUCCUACAAGUCCAGCGUGGAGUGUGUGCCCAUCAAGAUGGAACAAGAAAUCGAGGACUCCCAAGAACCCAAAAUGACUGAGUCCAUGACGUUUGAACACCAGGAGAACCUGGACUACCUCGAUGCAGAUAUUAAAGGCAGCAUCAGUAGCGGUGAAAGCAUCGAGGUUCUUGGAACGGAGAAGUCGGCAUCUGGCUUGACAAAAUCGGAGAGCCAGGCCAGCCUACCCGUCAGCCCCAGCCCCCAGGUGGGCAGGAGCAAGGUGGGCAGCCGGAGGACCGUCAGCGAGGACAGCAUCGAGGUUCUCAGCACGUGUCCCUCUGAGUCGCUCAUCCCGGAAGAUUUUAAAGCAAGCUACCCAAGUGCCAUUAAUGAGGAACCUUAUGUGGAUGAUGAAGAGGGAGGCCUUCGUUUCACCUCCAGACUAAACCCGGACGAUGCUGACGAGCAGGAAGACGUUUCGAAACAGGAAAACUUAGUGCAGGUUGACUCUGCCUGUUGUAUCGGGAAGGAGAGUCCCAACUUCCUCGAGCCUCUGCCUGAGCUGGGACAGAAGCCCUGCGACGAGGAUGGGGUGGUCAGGAUCCCCCCGCAGCCGUACCGACAGGCUGAGCAGGGGCUGCGCGGGAGCUUUGGGGCCUUCCCCUCCCAUGACGGCAUCUCAGGGGGGCUCCUUCCUUCCGAGCUAGACUCGCGCUACCUGACGGGCAGCAGGGAGGUCAGCAAGAGCAGCCUGGAUGAGUGCUCGGACUCCAUGAGCUAUAUCAGCAGCGCCGCCUCCACGUGCUCCGACAGGACCCCUUCUCCCGCUCACCCCGCCUGUCAGGCAAGUGAAAGGCACAAAAAAAAGGCUGGCCAGAACGCGCUGCGGUUCAUCAGGCAGUACCCCUUCGCUCACCCCGCCAUCUACUCCCUCCUCAGUGGGAGGACCCUGAUCGUGCUGGGGGAAGAGGAAGCGAUAGUCAAGAAGCUUGUGACGGCGCUCUCCAUCUUCGUGCCAAACUGCGGCGUUUACACCAAGCCUGUGAAGCACUGGGUCACUUCCCCUCUGCACGUUGUGGAUUUCCAGAAGUGGAAGCUGAUUGGACUCCAGAGGACGGUGUCACCUGCUGGGGUGAACGUGCUGCACGCCCUGAGCCGAUACAGCCGGUACGUCAGCAUUCUGGACGCUGACAGUAAGACUCUCCGCUGCCCGCUUUACAAAGGCACCUUGGUGUCACGGCUGGCAGACCACCGCACGCAGAUCAAACGAGGAAGCACCUACUAUAUGCACGUCCAAAGUAUCCUCACCCAGCUGUGUUCAAAAGCCUUCCUCUUCACCUUCUGCCAUCAUUUGCACCUUCCCAUCAGUGAAAGGGAACCAGAGGAAUCUGUUGUGAAUCGCAGGAUGAACUUUCUGAAGCUUCAACUGGGCCUUGCCAAUGAAGAUAUCAAAAUUGUACAGUAUUUAGCUGAGCUGCUGAAGCUGCAGUACAUUCAGGAACCCGGCCAGGGAGUCAACCCGCUGCUCAGAUUUGACUAUGUUCCCAGCUUUUUGUAUAAAAUCUAGCCUGGCGCGGGCUGCCUGCCUGCGUGCUCAGAGUCUGACAAAGCUCAUCCGUGCUUGACAUUUGACGCUGUCUGCAGUAGCUCUCAUACGUCGGGAAGGGGUGAAGAAGCUGAUGCAUUUGCAAGCAUCUCUGCUCCACAGAAAUCAGCAUCUGAGGGAUGAGAUUUCUGUGUGGUUCCCUGUAGCUGAGAACGUAGAUGUUCCAUCACGUAAAACACCGGGCGCUCUGGUUGUAAAUGUUAGAAAGGGCACUAUUAAUUUUUAAAGCGUGUCACGGCAGCAUCCCAGGGAGGAUUAUGGCAUGGAGAGAGAGGUGGGCUGUCUUGGGGAUCAAUACUUACUAGUGUGCAGCCCCCAAAAUAACACAGUGCUUCGCACGCUUCUGCCAGAACCCUAAAUGCUGUUGGUCCCUUCCAUAGAGCCAGGGCGGAGACCAGAGGGGAGAUGUAAAGGCCACGUGAAGUUUUUUAAUCCACCAGUGUAUCGCCUGAGCGUAGCUCAGAACCUCCCUGGCAGGAUGGCAGCUUGCAGUUACCCGUCUGUGCACAGCCGUCGCGGAAGGUGUCCCUUCGCACGUUUUUUUCUGAGUUUCCUGGUGCUUCCCAGGACAGGUUGUCCCUGGGCGGGUGGGAGAGCAGUGGAGGCAUACGUGCUACUCUCCAGAAAGCAUUUGCCAGUUUCAGCUUUGUUAAAAUCUGGAAUGUGGAAGGACUCCUUAAUGCUGGCGAGCACCGAGGCGCCCGCUGCUGUGAAUGUAGAGCACUGUGCCUUGUUAAUUUGUCACGUCCUAUUAACUGGACAACCUCCGAGAAGGCUGGGAGGGAGACAGGGAAUCCUCAAAGCACACGAGGUCGAGGGUGGCCUUUUAAGGAGAGAAGGGAACUGAGCAGAGCAGGGGGGAGGACACGCCCUCCUUUUUAGGUGCUUUUUGUGAUGGGGAAACGAAUAAUGCAACUCAGCUGAAGCUAUGCUGUGAGACAGCAGGCUGUUAGAGCAGGCUGCCUGGCUGGUGAGAUACCAGUGCUCAGGAGAGAUCGGGGAUGAAUGUACUGGAUUCCAUGUUGUAUCUGUAACUGGUUGGUUGGGUUUUUUUGUUUUUUUUUCUUUUGUCGGGGAGUUGACUUUUGGGCUUUGUGGUAAAGCAGGGGCAGCGUUGCUGCAUGCUGCUUCUGGCCGAGCCUUUGUCGUGUCUCGACUACCUCUCCCGGGGUGCUCCUGGGUAGCUCUGGAUGGGGCAGAACUGACGCUCUCUGAGCCUGGAUGCCGAAGACUUUCCUUUCAAAGCUUCUGCGCCGCUGCCUGUGCCAUAGAGGUCAUGCCACCAGCGUGGUGAUGCUCCCAGAUUGUUCUGUCAGUACUGAAAACUUUGUGCCCGGGCAGAGCGCUUCCCUCUGGGCUCCUGUAGGAGAUGCUGCUCAUGGCCACCAGUCCCAGGCUGUGCCCUGUUCCGCCCAGUGCCAUGCAGUGGUAGCAGCCCCCAUGGUACUUCUAAGCAAGAAAAGCCUUGCUAGGAAAGAUAGCCUUGGUUUUAUUUCUUGUUAUCGCUCUUCUAAUUACAGGGUAAGAUCAGCUGAGAUCAUUCAAGAUGAGCUGAUGGUGUUGUUUGGUUUGGUUUUUUGGGGUUUUUUGUUGUUUUUUUUUAACCUCUGUUUAUUGUGGUAGUGUGAGGCAGUGCUGGAGAUGAAUGUCGGGUUCCUUCCAUGCCCGGGGAAGUUUCUGUGUAGGGACUGGGGUUCGUCAGCGCCGCUCCAGAGCCCACUGAAACUUGCCGUGAGUAUUGCGCUGCUCCGAAACCUGUGUCCCAAAGGCAAGGAAGUUCCUUGGGGAGGCUUCGUCUGGUGCCAGCGUCUGCGCUGCAGUACUGCUGCCGCAUUCUCUCCCACCUGGAAAGGUCUCCCUGGGGUAGUGCGGGAGGUACAAACCAACAGGGCAGAAAGAUUAUUUUAAAUGUUAGCAGUGUUUCUGGUGGCUUACGGUGAGGCAAGCUCAGCUGGACAAAUUGGGCUCGUGGUACUCGCCAGAGGGAUUGCCAAGGUCAGGGGCUGCUUGUGAUGGUGGCUUUAGGUCGUGGUUGGGAAGCAGCGUGGUGUCACCUUUGCUGAAGGUGAGCGGUGGGCCUGUGCGCGGGGCUGCACGCCUUUCAAGCACAUUUAAAGGCCUUUUCCUUUCCUAACUGUGCCCUCCUGUCGCGUGUGAACUGGGUCUGCUGGUGAAAGACUUCCGUGUCCAUUGGAAACCCCUGCUUUCUGACGUGACUUGAGGUGUCCCCUCAUCAGUUUGUCUGCACCCAAACAGCUUCCACACUAAAGCUGAGGCAGGGUUCCCCAGGGGAAGAGGCACCUCAGUAAAUGAGUAACACAGGUGAUACCGGGCAAACAAAAGCUCCCUGGUCCUGCCUGACCCGCAGCUCUGGAGAAAUGCUCAGCACGGGAGCUUGUUUCCUGCUGGAAAAGGACCCGAUGCUAUUUGGGUUUGAGGAGGGAGGGACGAACUUUUUUCCUGUUGACUCACACACGUCUUCCUCCAGGCUGACAGCGCAGAGCAGCAGAGCGGGAUCGAUGGGCAGCGUUGGCUGAUUUUAGUCUUGGUCUCUACCUGUGGCGUUCAGCUGCACUCGUAAACUGAAAAAUAACUUGUGUCUAGUUGCUCCCUCUAUCAAACCGGUCGUAUCUGAUGCUCAAGGCUGUGUUGAGCGAUACUUGCACUACCGCCCGCCUGACCCGCUUCAUCUCUCUGCCACAAAGCUGCUCUGAUCCGGGAGGAUGGCCCGGGGGCUUUGCUGGGACAUCGCCUGUUUCGAAACGCGAGCUCUUGUGCUAUCUGCAUCUCGGCUGUUAAGCAGGAGCUGCGGGGAAAUGCGCCUGGGAGCGCUUGUCCUCCCAAAGCUGGCUCGCGGCAGGGUAACCCCUGAGCUCAGAAUGCAGGGAACGGGGGGGAGCAACAUCGGGCUGUGGCACCGCGGCGCAGCCGGAGCCCGGCCUGCCCUCCCUGCCUGUGGUGCCCGUAACAGCGGCAGAAAUCAGGGGAGCCCGAGUGCAGCUGGUGGUUCAGGAGCUGGAUUCCUCUCUGCUCAGUAAUUUCUCUGUCUGACCUUUUGCUCCUGUACAGUACAGAUCCCUAUUUCGGCACUUUAAGACUUUUUCCUCAUCCUCACUGUGUUACCUCACUAAUUUCUGAUUUUAGCAGACUUAUAACAAGUUACGAUCUCCGCACUAACAGCUCCCGCGACGAAGCUUGGCACGUGUGUUCGUCGGCUCGCACCGCCCCAUCCGAGCGCCGCGCGCUGCCGUCCAGCCAUCCUUCCACCACGAGCAGGGCAGGUUCCUCGCAGCCACGGUGCGACACUCGCCAGCCGCCAGAGCCAGCGGUGCUGUGCAUGGCCAUCGCCUGCUUCCGUGAGUGCUGCCAGCAUGCCCCCGCCUCCCACACGGCCCGCUCCGGCUCCCUCCACUCUCUCUGCUGGCUGCCGGGGAGAGGAGGCUUUAAACGUGACGGAGAAUUCGUCAGAGCAAAGGUCUCCCCUGGCCGCCUGCUGCCUGGCCGGGAGGGCAGGGCUCCCUUUUCUUACUCCUCCACUUUCCUUCUCUGGGAGAUGGACUGCCAGCUCCUGCUCUACACUACACUAGCCCCACCGCUUUUGGAUCCCACCCCAAGGAGGGCCAGCCAUAGGAGUAGGCAAUAUUAACCCUACACAGGUUUCAUUUCUCAGAGAAUAGUGCUCGGAUUUCCUUUCAUCCAGUAGCAAUCACUUCUAAGCAGUUCCAAAAGCUGCCUUGCCUUGACGAGGGAAGUACUGCCUAUACUCUAGCAAUAUUCACCAUUUUGUAAGGGGUGGGAGAGGCGCUUGAGGGGUGGGAGCCGACGGCUCCAUGCCCCCAGGCCAGCUCUUUGGUUUCCAUGGAGCGUGGUGGGGGGCCCUGAGCCCCCAGGCUGGCAGUGGGUGACAGCCUGCCCUGCGGAUUCAGCGUCUGGGAGGGCUGGGCAGGACCCAGGGCUUGCAGCAGCGCUUUGCAAAGGCUCCCGUAGGAAGGUGCGACGGGGAAUUCAGCGAGUGCCCGGGCCCUGGUUAGCACAAGGGCAGAGCAAGAGUGUACCCCGAUACUGCAGGGCUCACAAACCCACCGCACGCCCCUCCCCGAGACGCAUUUUAACUGGAAGGCAGAAACACAGGGUACCCGGUCCUGCCGGCCGCCUCGCUGCCGGCAUGGGGAUGGGGCUGGGCCAGGAGCCGCCUCCGAGGAGGCUGCGAUGGAUUCUCAUCUUAUUUUAAAGCACUGUAUCCUAUUACUGCAUGUUGAGUUACGUGUGCGUGUGCCUGUGCGUGCCGAAUGCUUGCGUCGGUAGUUAGAGCGAGUGUGACCGGGAGAAAUCCACGAAGCAUGUCUUAGUGUCGUGCUGUAAGUGUUACUGCACAAGAGUUUAACAGAUGUUAACACCAAAUGACUAGUCUGAGAAAUGUA